UUUUUGUCUUUCCAGACCCCAGCAGCAAUGUUACUUAUGCCAAUGUGAUAAUGCCAACUGUGUUUGGAAUCAUUUGUUUGUUGGGGAUAAUUGGCAACAGCGUCGUCAUCUACACAGUCUUCAAAAAGUCCAAGUUUCGGUGUACCAGCAGUGUUCCUGAUAUUUUUAUUAUUAAUCUGUCAGUGGUAGACCUACUUUUUCUUCUUGGAAUGCCCUUCCUAAUCCACCAGCUACUUGGUAAUGGAGUGUGGCACUUUGGUGAAACCAUGUGCACUCUUAUUACAGCGCUGGAUACCAACAGCCAAUUUACUAGCACUUACAUACUCACUGCCAUGUCUAUUGAUCGCUACCUUGCAACAGUUUAUCCUUUCACAUCAGCAAAGUAUCGUAAGCCUCCUAUAGCCAUUAUGGUCAUCUGUAUCCUUUGGGUAUUGUCUCUCUUAAGCAUCACACCAGUAUGGAUGUAUGCCAGACUUAUUUCACUUCCUGGGGGAGUGUUGGGAUGUGGAAUCACACUCCCCAAUCCAGAAAGUGAUAUUUUAUUGGUAUACCUUGUAUCAAUUCUUUCUUGCCUUUGCCAUACCUUUUGCAGUCAUCUCUUUAGCAUAUCGGAGAAUUCUGCUAAAGAUGGCAUCGUCUGAAGCCCUCACAGCCCAAAGGAGCUCCAGGAUACGUACAAAGAAAGUGACUAGGACUGCUAUAGCAAUUUGUUUGGUGUUUUUCAUUUGUUGGGCUCCAUUUUAUGUACUUCAGAUAAUCCAGUUGGUUAUGGACCAACCUACAUUAGCCUUCCACUAUGCUUACUGCGUGGCAAUCAGUAUGGGCUAUGCAAACAGUUGCAUCAACCCUUUCAUCUACAUUAUUUUAUGUGAAACAUUUAGGCGUAGGUUCAUUGUCUCUGUUCGGCCAGUAGAGGAUCACCCACAAGGCAGGAUCAGGAUGAAAUUUGGCACCGAUCCCCCUUCAGGAAGUGGACAGCCAUUACUUCACCUUGUCCCUGUAUCCUCAGGCAGCUAA